CUUUACUUUCAGUUUGAGCUGAACGUAAUUUUUCGACCACUUUUAAAAAAAAAAUUGUGUUAAAAAUUCGUCAUGGCCGUUGUUUUCACUUAACCAGGAGAUCUAAAUGAGAGGCUAGCACUGUGGUAACCAUGACAACUGUGGAAGUGACAACCACAGCUACCUCAAACGAGCCACGUCUCUUGUCACUGAGGGUAACUCCAGAGCAGGAGAUAGCUAUUUAUGCUUUCUUUCAAAUCAAUGGGUGGACCAUCAUCACAGAAGAGGUUCCCCGUAAUUGUGAGACAUGUCAGAGAUCAAUCAAUGGUGAUGGAACAGACCCCCCACGAUGUCAGAUGUGUCAGCGAGUACUGGACAAUAACGAGGAGGAGGUGGAGGCAGCAGACCCUCAGUCCACCUUCGUCCAGCCCACCAUCAUCCAGUACCAGCAGCAGGGAGGUCGCAAGGUCGUAGUCGUUGGCAAUGCAAUGACGAUGGCACCACAGACGACAAAGGCUACAAGCAUUGUCAAACAACAGGGUCCUAAUCCUGUGCAUGUUAAUGUCAUCCCAGCAAAGGGCGACGCCAAACCCCUACAGAUCAACCUGGUCACGCAACCAGAUAAAGUUGUCGAUCCGCAGCCCAAGAUUUACAACAUCAACAACAGUGCAGACAACCGCCCGUACCGGUGCGAUGACUGCGGCAAAAAUUUUCGGAAGAAAUCUCAUGUAGUGGCUCACAUGAAGUUUCACAGUGGUGAAGCACUUCCCAAGUGUGAUGUUUGUGGUAAAGAGUUCCUCUACAAGCAUAACCUGAUAUCUCAUGCCAGCAUACACUCGGGAGCCAGACCCUUCCAGUGUAGCAUGUGUGUGAAGAAUUUCCGUCGCAAGGAUGACCUUCAGGUGCAUAUGAGGACCCACACUGGAGAGAGGCCAUACAAGUGUGAUGUGUGUGGAAAGUGCUUCACAACACAGAAUCAGCUUCCCAAGCACAGGCGAACACAUACGGGGGAAAAGCCGUAUGAAUGUUCUCAAUGUCAGAAGUGUUUCCGUACCAAACCCCAUCUGGAGAAGCACAUGCGCACACACAGCGGAGAGCGUCCCUAUAAGUGUGAAGAGUGUGGCCGUGCAUUCACACAAAAUGCUCACUUGAUGGCCCAUCUGAGGAUACACUCUGGGGAGAAGCCAUUUCAUUGUGAUAUCUGCAGCAAGAGUUUUAAGGAGGCCAAGACACUGAGGAAACACAAGGACAUCCACAUCAAAGGCAUGCCAUACAUCUGUAAGAUCUGCGACAAGGGAUUCCUUCGUGCCCAGAACCUGGAGGUGCACAUGUGUGUACAUUCAGAGGACGAGCCCAAGUACAAGCGAAAGAUCAGGGAGAAGCGCGAGUUGAUGGAACGUCUGAGGAAACAGCAACAGGAGGAAGAGGAGCUGGAAAAGAGCAUGACAGCAGAAGAGAUUGAGCAGUCGUCCAGUGGCGUGGUCAUUGUUGACGAGAAUGGACAGACUAUACGUGUGAUUGAGAAUGGCGACAUUGCAACGACUGAAGUUUCUCAGGGCGAGAAAGAAACUGGCCAGGACCACAAUAUCUCAAACUCCAUCGCCAACAGCCUGCUCACUCUCGUAGAGAUGAUCACCAAUGCAGACCAGGGCAACAAUACACAGGUAACCAUGGCAUCUAAUGACAAAAUAUCGGAGCUCAAGAGUGAACAAACAGUGGAGAUAUCGGAGGUUGAGGAAACAUUUCAGCAGGUUGAAACGAUGCAGGGUGAUGCUGCCAACAGCUUGACCAGUUCACAAGAGAAAACAAUACUGAUUGCAACGUCAGAGGGUAAUCAUACUCACAUUGGUAACAUACAGCAGGUUGUCACCAGUCACUCAGACAACAUCGUGGAGAUAGCGGAGGAGGAGCAGCCUACCAUUAUCGGAAAUCUUCAGCACGUUGUCCCGGGGCUGCGUAUAGGACGCGCUGGUGACACGACCAUGGAGAUGAUUGAUGCUUCCCAGGUGGCACUGCAGGAAGGCAUGGUGAUUACUGAAGUAGCACAGGAUGGGACUACCGAACAGAUAGUGGAGCAUCUACCACAGCAGUUCUCUGUCGACGGGGAAACCUUCGUAAUGGAGGUCCAGUAUGUAGACGAAGCAGAAACUGUUCAGGAGUGAAUUCUGUGACUUGGACUUGCACCUGGGUUGAUGGAAAAACUUUUGUCUUAAAGGACCAAUAUAUACAGGGAUGAUAAUGUAGAGAUUUUUUAAAAUGAAUACUCUUGUUUAGGCUCCAAUCAAAUUGGGAGUUGACAAAAAAAAACCCAUUAUGUAUGACAAGUGAGACUCGGCUGUAAAUAAAUUUUGUACAUUGUAUAUAUAUACGAAUCGAACAAGUACAAGGUCAGUUUAUACAUAUACUGAAAUCCAUAUACAGGUCCUCUCCUAAGACUUUUCUACACAUAAACAAGUUUAAUAGCGCUCAUCUCAUUCAAGCCGUUUUUGGUUUUUCAUUUAGAAACUGAAUGCACCUCAAGGUGUAUUUUUGUAACGUGUGUAUAUUGCCUAUCUUUAUGAACAAGUGAUAUUUUAAGCUAGGCAUAAAAAGCCAGACUAGUCAUAUGCAAUUGACCUUCAAUUUCAUGCAAA